AUGAGACCUAUCAAUGAGGACGAAGAAAUGGAUGAGGAAGAAGAGCAAAAGGAUCAAAUCAAAGAUUGUAUGGAGCAAAUGGGAAAAGUACCAAUGCCUAACAAAAUGUUUACCAGACCUGUAGAUGUUAAUCAGUCUCACAAAUUCGGACAUAAACCACCAGGUAAGCUCGGUAUAUGCUAUGAUCCUAUUCCAUGGACUGAGUUCUUUGAUCACAAGGAAAGAAUGGAUGACAAUGUGCCAAUAUAUAUCGCAGGUCAUUAAGGACAUGUAUUUUUAUGCAUGCAUGGUGCUGGACACUCAGCUCUAUCAUUUGCUGCCUUAGCAAAAAAUCUUAAGCAACAUUCGACUGUUGUAGCAUUUGAUUUUAGAGGCCAUGGUGAUAAUACUCUUGAAAAUGAGACAGAUCUAAGUGAAGAGACCCUAGUCAAUGAUGCUAUUGAAGUUAUUAAGUAUGUGUCAAACAAAUUCAGUGAUGCAUCAAUCUUGUUAGUUGGUCAUUCAAUGGGAGGUUCAAUUGCAACUAAGGCUGCAUCAAAGGUUAUGAAAGAGCAUGCAGGUGAGCACUGGCAUAAAUAAAUUCAAGGUUUAUUUGUGAUAGAUGUAGUAGAGGGAAGCGCAAUGGAUGCUCUACCAUUUAUGGAAAAUAUUGUUCUCUCUAGACCACAGGAGUUCAAAACUAUUCAAUCAGUUGUCUAAUACGGAGUUAAAAGCGGUACUGUUAGAGAUAUUGAAAGCGCUAGGGCAUCAAUGCCAGACUAGGUCAUUCCAUAGGUUGAAGGUGCUACUGGACUUACUAAAUAUGUCUGGAAAACAGAUUUACUUGCCUCUAAAGCUUAUUGGGAAAGCUGGUUCAAGGGUCUAACUCAAUGCUUCCUAGAUGUAAGAGUACCAAAGUAGCUUUUGCUGGCAGGAAGUGAUAGAAUGGACAAAGAUCUUACUAUCGCAUAAAUGCAAGGCAAAUUCAAACUAGUGGUUCUAGAUAAUGUUGGUCAUGUCAUUCAUGAAGAUCAACCAAGAAGAGUCGCUGAGGUCUUCCAUCAAUUCUUAGACUAAUUCAAGAUUCCCUCCAAGUUUAAUGAAUAGUUAGUUGUCACUAGUGUCAGUGGAAAGAAAGUUGUGAUCAGUCAUUGA